GCAAAGCCUUGACGUUCAAGCUCGAAAACUUAGGUCGCACUAGUCUGCUAUUCACUGCCGAAACAAGAUUGUGAAAGUAGACAAGACUUAAGUCAGUCCUAAGAUCCCGCAACGUCGGGAACUCCACAUAUACUCUGACCUCCAUUGAUUUGUAACCUCCGCACUUUUCAAUAGCCUUUCUCGUUGAUCUUACAUUGAGGGGGAAGAUGGCCCCAUCUGUCAGCGGUAUGGCAGUGAUAGCAGGCAUCGCCCUCUUUGUAUUUGCUGGAUACGAGACAUUAAGAUAUCGGGAUAUGCUCAAGUUGACGCAAGAGGAGUUUGAAAGUGUUCCUGCGCAAGUUGUGGUGGAGGUACUGUUGGCAGCAAUACUUUGUAUGUGGGGAAGCCUUCAGCUAGCAGGCAACUUCAAGCCAAUAAGUGCUUUGGCGAAUCAGGAGGGCUUGGAUGCAAAUGUGUUCCGACCAGACUUCAUGUCCUUCAAUCACCGGGGCCAUGCAAUCCCUUUGGCUGUGGAGCCCCUCAAUCCAGCUGCAAAGAAGAGGCGAUGAUCCCCGUGACACAUGUUCUUUGGAUCACUAGGAGGAGCAUCAAGCUGGCCCAAUCUCAGGCAGUGCCUGCCUGUGCUCCUUGGCGCUAAAUAACGACCACGAUAUCCGUGUUUUCCAGACUGUCUAGUGACUGAAUGCAGCACAAAUCUGCAUGAAUUGAAAUACAUUUGGCACAAACUUGCCAGGGACAAAAGUGACAGCUAAUUGCCGGAGUGGUCAUCUCACUAUUGUUGCCCGAGCUUCAUUGUAAUUCAAAAUUGU